CCUGAGUUCGCGUGUUGUUUUGGUUUUGCUAGUGAAAGCGACGAUGCUAGAAUGAAUUUAAGAAUGGGUAUCCGUGUAGGUGUCCUUUUAGCAGCUGUCCUUUGCUUACUUGAUGUGGCUGAUGCAGUCUUCAUUAUCCCUACGGUUGCUGGUACAUAUACCGUGGUCGGUGCUGCUACAAUACCACAUGCGAUCGUAUAUAUUCUGGGUGGCUUAGCUGCGGUCCAGGGCGCUGCUUGGCUAGGCUACUUGGAGGGGAGAAAGUCGCAGAUAAGAGACCAAAUAGAGGAGAAGCCCAAGAGAUCCUUAGAACCGGAGAACCUCAUCCUGUCAGCGGUUCACGAAUUCGAUCCCUUUGGUUGCAUGAAGAAGAUGCUCUGCCACAUCGAAGCCACAGCCAGCAGCAAUCGAACACAGCAGGAGGAACUUCUCUUAAGGAUGCUCAGCGGCCAUGUCCUCUUGACUUCGGAUGAAUUGCCUUCGUCUAAGGACUCCGAGGGCGAAGAAGAAGCCAAGGACGGUGCUGCCAUCUGCGAUCAGCGCUUCUCGGAGUGUCCUAUAAAGAGCGGGUUGUUACGAAGUCUCUUAGAUAUGACUUGGAGAUGCGUGAGUCCCUUCGAUGUAGGUCUGCCUCUCGAUCCAAUGUAGUUGCCAUGUAGGUAUAUUAAUCCCCAGGCUAUUGAAUGGUUUGGAGUUAGGCUAAAGUAGUGUUUUUGUUGUAGUUUGUUGUUGUUUUAAUAUUAUUUUGGAGUUGUGUUUAGAGUUGUGUUUCAGUUAUGUUUGUGAAUUAUGUUUUAGUAAUAUUUUUGUUAUGUUUUAGAAAUAUUUUCGAGUCAUGUUUUAACAAUGUUUUAGUAAUUUUUGUUGUAAUACUGUAAUAAAGUUUUCUUCAAUCUAUAUGAUCCCCAGAUAUAUUGCUCACAGUUGUCUAAAAUACAUAUCAGUGCAGAAAUUCGUUAAACUAUUACCUACCCAUCUUGAA